AACAAUGUUCUCUAAUUCUAUUUUACUUUCUAAUCGUUCUACUCCUUUAUUUUCAUUCCUCUUCUAAGAUAUAUCAUUCUGGAGUGGUUUGAAAAACAUUUUAUUGCGUCUCCCAUCACAAAUUAAAAUUUUAAAAUUUUUCUGCAGUGUAUUUUUUACAUUAAUUUACUUUUUUGACAUUAAGGGUGAGUUUGUUAUUGCGGCGCAUACAAGAAGUGGUGUGAAACACAAUGUUAUGUACAAAAAAUUUUCAUGCUAACCUAUAUUGAAGACAUCAAAUGUGCCUCCACAUGUUUCAUUAUGGACUCUCAUGUCAUCGGUAGUUAGCUUUCAGUUAUAUGUGUAUCCGGCAGAGUAUUGUUUCAUGCUUAGUCACUUAAUUAGUGUUGCCUUUGAAUGCAGUGAAUAUGCACCAAGACUUAUAAAGAAGCUUGAGAGUGUGAAGGUUAAAGAAGCUGGUGCUGGGAUGUUGCAUUCUGCCUGCAUAUGUGAAAAAGGAUGUGUAUAUACUUUUGGACGAAGAGCAAAGGAAAAUUUUGGCUUUGGUGAAAACUACGAUAGAGAACCAUCUAUGAUAUGCGAGUUACCAUCUUCAGAAAUGAUUGCAUGUGGUGGUUAUCACACAUGUGUUGUCACAAGUGGUGGAGAGCUGUAUAGCUGGGGCUCUAAUGAGAAUGGCUGUCUCGGAACUGGUUGUACAGAUGUUACAUAUUCACCUGAAAGGGUUCAAGGUCCAUUUCUGAUGGAUUCUGUUUACAAGGUUUGUUAUAGACUUAUGGGCAUUUAUCCCUGUACUGUAAUUGGUACUCCGUAUUUAGUAACAAAACAUUCUUAUCAGACUAUAUGCUUUUCCUUCUAUUGUUUUCAAUGUUUUGGGCUAUCCGUUUCUUUCCAUUUCAGAACAAAGCUUAAUUACAAAUCUAUACACCCCCUUUGUAUUUUGAAAUUCAAAAUUUGAAAUUUAAGAAUUUAAAUCCAACAAUUUAAAUUAAUUUCUAAGGUAAAACAUUUGAUGGAGGGUGCAACAAAAAAUACAUUAAACUUUUGAGGUUGCAUUUUGAUUAUUUGCCACCUUUUGAUGGUGCGAAAUGCAUUUUCCCCAUCUAUUUUUCCCUAAUCUUCUCUUCACAUUCUCAAAUUAUAUUACCUUUGCUGAUUUUCGGUAUAAUGACAUUGGGUAGGGAUGGACAAUAAAUAUCAUCGAAUUAUUGCCAUCCAUGUCCACAUUCUGACUUCUAGUUUCAGUUUCUGUGUUACUGUAUCCUCAACCUGAACAUUGGAAAUUGUGGCAAAAGGUUCUUUCAUUUUUCCUACCUCAUUGUGGGAGCCUAAAUGACCUGGCCCUUCCUCAGACCAUGUAUAUGUGAGAGCUGUUGCAUUGGGUUGCUCUUGAAAAAAGGUCCAUGUGAAAUAGAUUGCCCGGGCCUUUGGUUCUCAUUGUAGAUAAAGUCUCUAGAGUUUGUCAUCCAGGAACGGAGCAAGGGUUUGCAUAUCCGCCUGAGACACCUGCAUACACGCAUCUAUAUCUAUAUAAGAUGUCAUUUUUAUGUGACUACACGUGCUUUUUUACAGGUAUCUUGCGGUUGGAAACAUACAGCAGCAAUUUCUGGAGGCAAUGUUUAUGCAUGGGGGUGGGGAGGUUCCCAUGGAUCAUUUUCUGAAGACGGACAUUCUUCAGGCGGACAAUUGGGGCAAGGAGAUGACAGAGACCACAUUGAGCCUGGAAUGGUUAAAUUUCAGGUUGGCGUUAGGGCAUUACAAAUUUCUUGUGGAUUUAAUCAUACAGGUGCUGUAGUUGAAUGUACAUGAACCAACAAGCCUAUCUUGUGAAACACAUAAAUAAGAUUGGUUAUAUCAUGUGUUGUAAGUUGUAAUUAACUCUCCACUUCCUACUUACUCAAUCAUCAUCAUCGUUCAACAAUAAUAAGACAUUACGCCU